AUGAUCACACUAUGGAUUAAUUAUCAGGAGUUGGUGGAGCUACUUGUGAGCUCAUUGGUUCUUCUACUUUAUGGGUUUUACCUUUUAAGGUCAUUUAUUGUUGCUGGAGAUCUCUCACGGGGUGACGUUGAAAAUGUUGAGGUCCAAAAGGAAGUGCCGAAAGGAGAAAGAGAAACCCAUGGCCAUGAUGAUGAUCUACCUCCUAUUGUGUUGGUUCAUGGCUAUUUUGGACUUGGGUCAUUUGGCAAAGGGAGAUUAGGUGCUUUAUCCCACUUUGCUGAAGUAGUGCACAAAGAUCAAAGGGUUCUCACCCCUCAUUUGGGGUCUUUGACCAGUAUCUAUGAUAGAGCUCGUGAAUUGUUCUAUUACUUAAAAGGUGGCCAAGUCGAUUACGAGGAAGAACACAGCAAGGCUUGCGGGCACUCUCAGUUUGGACGAAUCUACCAACGAGGGCAGUAUCCAAAGUGGGACGAGGAUCACCCUGUUCACUUUGUUGGUCACUCAGCUGGAGCACAAGUUGUUCGUGUCUUGCAACAAAUGCUUGCUGAUAAGGCGUUCAAGGGGUAUGAAAACACUUCAGAGAACUGGAUAUUAAGUGUAAUAUCUCUUUCAGGAGCAUUUAAUGGGACUACAAGGACCUAUAUAGAUGGCAUGCGGCCAGAAGAUGGGAGAACAUUGAAACCUAUUUGUCUGUUACAACUUUGGCGCAUUGGCGUGAUAAUUUAUGAUUGGCUUGACAUUUCCCGGUUGAAGAACUGCUACAAUUUUGGUUUAGAUCACUUUAACAUGUCAUGGAAAAAGAUGGGUAUAUUGGGUCUUGUUGAUUGCCUAUUAGGGAAUGCAGGUCCAUUUGCUUCAGGAGAUUGGAUCCUCCCCGAUCUCACAAUUCAAGGCUCUAUAAGACUCAACUAUCAUCUCCACACAUUUCCAAACACAUACUACUUCAGCUAUGCUACCAAGCGUUCUUGGAAAGUCAUGGGUGUAACUGUUCAUUCAUGGAUGCUUGGAAUUCCCCCUUUGCUUUUCAUAAGAGUUUUGCAGAUGAGCCAGUGGCGUCAUCCACCACAUAUUUCUCCCCCAUAUGAAGGCUACAUGAAUGAAGAUUGGCAAGAAAAUGAUGGAGCACUAAACACAAUAUCCAUGACUCAUCCUCGCUUCCCAAUUGAACAUCCCAGCUGCUUGGUUGAGCAAGAUUCAGACUGCGAACCUUUACAAUCGGGCAUCUGGUAUUACAAGCUUGUAGAGGGUGAUCACGUAGCAUUCAUUAGAGCAGGAGGGCCGUUUGAUUUAAUAUAUGACAGUAUUUUCGAACGCUUGAAGAAGCAUCUAUUUAGGAAGAAACCUCGUACAGACAGUGCCUACUGA